AUGGAACUUAUCCCAAAUCUUCCAAACGACGUUGCUCGUGAGUGUCUCUUACGAGCUUCCUACAAACAAUUCCCAAUCAUCGCCUCCGUUUGCAAAAGCUGGAACCGUGAAGUCUCUCUCUCCGAGUUUUUCCAGCAGCGAAAAUCUUCAGGACAUAGCCAAGAGCUUCUUGUUCUGUCACAAGCCCGGGUCGACCCGGAUAAAGAAUCUGGAUCCGGAAAGAACUUCGCCACGCCGGAAUACCGAGUCGCUGUUCUCGAGUCCGGGUCUGGUCUUUGGACGGAGCUUCCUCCGAUUCCGAGUCGAUCAAACGGACUGCCUCUGUUCUGCAGUUUGGUUUCUGUCGGGUCGGAUCUUGUUGUCUUGGGUGGGCUUGACCCGGUUACAUGGCAAGCCUCUGAAUCGGUCUUCGUCUUCAGUUUCCUCACCUCCACGUGGCGUGUGGGGACGACCAUGCCAGGUGUACGAAGAUCCUUCUUCGGAUGCGCUUCUGAUUCCGAUCGGACGGUGUGGGUAGCAGGAGGACACGACGAAGAGAAGCAAGCGCUUACGUCAGCGAUGGUGUAUGACGUGGCAGAAGACAAGUGGACGUUUUUGCCUGAUUUGACGCGGGAACGAGACGAGUGCAAGGCGAUAUUCCACGCUGGCAGAUUCCAUGUCAUCGGCGGAUAUGCCACGGAGGAACAAGGGCAGUUUAGUAAAACCGCUGAAUCGUUCGAGGUUUCCACGUGGCGGUGGGGUCCACUGACGGAGGAUUUCCUCGACUCCGGUGAUACAGUUAGCUCUCCGAUCUGCGCCGUGGGCGAAAAUGGUGAUGAUUUGUACGCGUGCUGGCGUGGCGAUGUGAUGGUGAUGAAAGAUGACACGUGGCAAAAGGUGGGACAAAUCCCUGCUGAUGUGUACAAUGUGGCUUACGUGGCGGUGAGGCCCGGGAAGUUGAUUGUGAUCGGUAACGGCAAUGCUUUGGGUGGUCACGGUGAAGCCACCGUAGGGUAUAUCUGUGAUUUAAGUAGCUUUGGAUGGGUAAAAAUGGAAACACAAGUUGGUCAUGUUCAAGCUGGUUGCUUCUUGGAAGUCUAA